UGGGACUGGGGUACUGAGUGUUGAUGGAUGUGGAGGGGUGGGGCUCCAGGAUGGUGGCGGAGGAGGGCAAGACCCGGGCCACGGACUUCUCCAUCGCGGCCAUCAUGGCCCGCAGCGCGGAGCAGCGGCGUAGUCCCGUCGCCAGCUCACCGCCGUUUCUCGGUCCAUCGUCAAGGCAGAGCUCACCGGCCUCGCUUAGUUCGCCCGCGUCAAGUUGCCGGUCUCCCAUCCUUGAUGAGGAUGUGGAGGUGGACGUAGAGCAAUGCUCGGACGGGGAGCGGGACGCGUCUGACACCGCUGCAGCCUCGCCAGCUCCUUCAUCAGAAUUAGGCGAGAGAGACACGCCCUCCCCCGCCCGACCGCACCCACCUCCUGCGACCUCUUGUAACUGUGAGGAACUAUUGUCGGUCGAUUGCCAGCUCGAGACCAAGGAACUGUGGGAUAAGUUCCAUGAUUUGGGGACGGAAAUGAUCAUUACAAAGACUGGAAGGCGAAUGUUUCCAACGGUUCGAGUGUCCUUCACUGGGUGUCGAGCGGAGGCGCGGUACGCAGUCCUACUGGACGUGGUGCCAGUAGAUGGCAAGAGAUACCGCUAUGCUUACCACCGGUCUUCAUGGCUGGUGGCUGGCAAAGCGGACCCCCCUGCACCCGCGCGCCUUUACCCACACCCCGACUCCCCUUUCUCCGGCGACCAGCUUAGAAAACAGGUGGUCUCCUUCGAGAAAGUUAAGCUUACCAACAACGAGAUGGAUAAAAAUGGACAGAUAGUGCUAAACUCCAUGCACCGGUAUCAACCCCGCAUACACCUAGUUAAGGUCCGAGAUGGUGGCGGUCCCAUCACGGACCUGUCCCGAGAACAGCACAGGACGUUCAUCUUCCCAGAGACCGUCUUCACCGCAGUCACGGCAUACCAGAACCAGCUGAUCACAAAAUUGAAGAUAGAUUCCAAUCCGUUCGCAAAGGGCUUCCGGGAUUCAUCGAGGCUCACCGACUUUGAUAGAGAUCCGAUGGAGUUGAUGCUUAUGGAACAGCAGUUGCUCCGUUCUCCGUUACGGCUCUACUCUGGAGCGACUGGAACCAUCGAGGAAGAAGCAGAGAAACGUGCAGUUUGGGCUAGAACCCCGCCGGCAUUGCAGCUUUUAGCGCUUGGUGGACGUGCCUGGCCCUCCGCUUGGCCGCAACCUUUGGCCCUACCACCGGACCUCUGGCUGCAAAAACCUCCCGCUCCGAUUCGAUACUGCCCGUACCCUCCUCCUGCGCACCCCUCUGCCCAGAGAUCAGAUCACACGCAAUCCCCGUGGCAUCCAAUGUAAAAUUUUAAAGGCACUAGUUCCAAAACUUCAGCAAGUUAUAAUUCCUAUACGAAGUGGCAAAAACUCUUUACUGAACUAAAAAUAGUGCUGUGAAAAAGUUUUAAGACAAACUGCAAACUAGAUGAAAAAGUGAAUAAAUGUACCUAUUAGUUUUAAGAAACUUGUGU